AUCCGUCUCAACCGCGUAACGGAAAACGUCAAAGCGCGAGGCAGUUAUUCACGUAUGAAUUUACGGUGCUUUUACUGCGCAGUGAGCAGGAAACCUAUCCAUAUUACGCAGUUAACGUUAUAGAUGCAACCCCCUGCAGGUGAGGUCAAAUGCAGAGGGAAGGGGAACGGUGUUGUUGUUGAUGGCAGGUGCAUCGGACAUAUCUGGCCAAACCUGACGGGGAGAAAUGGAGACGGACAAAGCGGUGUUGUGUGAGAGCCUUAUUAUUUGGCUCCAGACCUUUAACACUGGGUCACCAUGUACAGCUGUAGCGGAGCUCACCACUGGCGUCGCCAUGUCUCAGGCCUUGCAUCAGAUAGAUCCAGCGUGGUUCAGUAAAAGUUGGCUCGGUCGCAUUAAAGAAGAUGUUGGGGAUAACUGGAGACUCAAAAUGAACAACCUGAAGAAGAUCCUUCAGAUGAUGGUGGAUUACUACAAUGAGGCCCUGAGCCAGCAGAUCCAGGAGUUUCCAUUGCCAGACCUGGUGAAGGUGGCAGAACACUCAGACCGUGUAGAACUUGGACGACUGCUGCAGCUCAUACUGGGCUGUGCUGUCAAAUGUGAACGCAAACAAGAGUACAUCCAGGUCAUCAUGACUCUGGAGGAGUCCGUACAGCAUGUGGUGAUGACAGCCAUUCAGGAGCUGAUGAGUAAAGAGAACAUGGUCCAAUUUGGAGCAGAGCCACCGGGGGAUGUAGAAUCACAGUUGUCACUGGACAACCUGGAACAAGAGUUGAAGAAGGCUCUUGAGGACCUGGCGGAUCUGAUGUCAGAGAAGGAGGAACUAGCCCAGCGCUGUCAUGAGCUCGACGUACAGGUGACAGUCCUUCAGGAGGAGCGGAACAGCCUAUUAGCUGAGAACGAUGUGCUGACGGACCGAGCCAAUCAGCUGGACGCGUUUGAUGACCCAAGCACGCCCUCCGGACGGAAACACAGCCAGCUACAGAUACAGCUAGAGACACUACAGGAGGAGAACUUCAGGUUAGAGGCAGCUAAGGAUGACUACCGGAUCCACUGUGAGGAGUUGGAGAAGCAGCUGAUCGAGGUUCAGCAUCGUAACGACGAACUUACUAGCCUGGCCGAGGAGUCACGAGCACUUAAAGACGAACUCGACAUCCUCAGGAGCUGUUCAGACCGUGCUGUGAAGCUGGAGGCAUCAGUGGAGACAUACAGGCGUAAACUGGAAGACCUGGGAGAUCUGAGGAGACAAGUCAAACUGCUGGAGGAGAAGAACAUGACCUACAUGCACAACACUGUCAGUCUGGAGGAGGAGCUACGCAAGGCUAACACUGCCCGCGCACAGCUAGAGACAUACAAGAGACAGGUCCAGGAGCUGCACCGGAAGUUGUCAGAGGAGUCUCGGCGGGCAGAUAACCUGGCCUACGAGAUGAAGAAGUUUGAGGAGAAAUACGACGCUGUGAUGAAGGAGAAAGAGAAGAUCAUCAUUGAGCGAGACUCUUUGAAGGAGACCAAUGAGGAGCUACGCUGUAACCAGGCUCAACAAGACCAGCUCCGACAAGCAGGGAUGGCAGGGAUGCCAGCUGGCAGUCCAAGCCAUGAUAACCUUGCUGCUGAAAUCCUACCUAUAGAGUACAGGGAGAAGUUUAUCCGGCUCCAGCAUGAGAAUAAGAUGUUGCGUGUGCAGCAGGAGGGAUCAGAGAAUGAGAAGAUCUCUGAACUACAGACACUGCUAGAGGAGGCACACCGAACACGCUCUGAACUAGACACUGAGAACAGGUUAAACCGGGAGAGAGUCACUGAGCUGCAACAGCAGGUAGAGGAUCUACAGAAAAGCCUACAGGGCCAGGGGGCCAAGACCGAUGAUUCUCACCUGAAGAGGAAACUGGAUGCUCAUAUGGUGCAACUGAAUGAGGCGCAGGAUGAGAUCAUGAAGAAGAAAGAACUGCUGGAGGACCUGCAGCCAGACAACACACAGACCUCUCUGAGACUGGAGGAGCUGAUGGCUGCUCUGAAGAAGAAGGAUGAUGAUAUGAGAGCCAUGGAGGAGAGAUACAAGAUGUAUCUGGAGAAGGCACGCAACGUGAUCCGUGCGUUGGACCCCAAGCUGAACCCAGCCACAGCAGAGAUCCAGGCUCUGAAGAACCAGCUGAUGGACAGAGAUAAGAGGAUCCUCAGUCUGGAGAGGGAGUGUGAGCAGGCAAAGCUGAGAGAGUAUGAGGAGAAGCUGAUUGUAACAGCAUGGUACAACAAGAGUCUGAGCUUCCAGAAGCUGGCGAUCGAGGCCCGUCUGGGGGGUCGCUCCACCUCUAUGGUGCCCCCCGGUCAGUCCUUCCUGUCCCAGCAGCGCCAGGUCACCAAUGCCACCCGCAGGACCCUCUCUGUCAGUGUGCCUGCCACCACCGCUAACUAGACCUGGGAUGGGUGACUACUUAGGUGGGCCACCGUGUAUGCAGGCUAAAGUUAGACCAUGAUUAGUUUUAAUAAGGUGUGUUCGUGCUGGGCUAGAACAGAAGCCUGGCCACCGUGUAUGCAGGCUAAAGUUAGACCAUGAUUAGUUUUAAUAAGGUGUGUUCGUGCUGGGCUAGAACAGAAGCCUGCUGACACGGCAGCCUGCUGACAUGGCGGCCCACUAAGACCGGGGUCUCCCACAUCUGAAGGAAACAAACAAAUGGCUCCUCUCUCACUCCCUUCCACAAGUGCACACUCAAGUGACCUUAAGCACACUAGCUUUCAGCCCCUGGGGAGGGGACAAGCAUGCACUGACUGAUGUGAACAUGAGCACUUGGUCUAGUUAGGUUCCCUCUUCCUCACUGAUACACUGUACAGUAAUAUACCGCACAGUAGCACACAACAGCACGGUUGCUUAUAAUCACCUGGAAUGAGUUUGGUCUGAGUUGACAACCUUAUCCACAUGCUUUAUUAGCUUUAGCCUAGCACAGAACACUGACUGAGCCCUUCAAUAUACCUGUGUUAGUCUAGAUAGCAUCAAGCGCUGAAUGGAAUGCCUAUUGAACCAACCUCGAUUCUUGAUCUCGACAUCCUGACACGUUGUAUAUUGAGUCCGGGAUAUGUCAUUUAUUCCGUCUAUGGAUGCGCAAAAAAAUACAAUUGGAGCUUGUAAGACACAUGUGGUCUUAAAUGGCUUAUUUGAAUGCCAUUACCAGCUGACUAUAAGUGAUAUUCUAAAAUGUUUUCAUACUUUACAAAAUGAUGAAUCAACAACACUAUGCAGUUAAAGGAUAUAACAAACACCCUAUUAACCAUUGGACUACAGAGAGAGUUUGACCUCUGAUCUUCCUCCUCUGUGUUGUCACAAUCACCAGGGAUGAAUGGAGCACAGAUAACUGAGAAAUAGGUGUAUUUGGUGCUGGCCACCAAACGUCCAUAACUAGUUUCUUACACAAAAGUAGGAAGUCUAUACUGCAGACCUGUGUCAAUAUCCUGUGAUGUCAUACUGACAUAUCUCUGGUGCGGCAGCCGAGAAUCAAUUAAUCAAAUCACAAAUCCAGUACUAUUUAUGGUAUUUAUUUUCUAUGUGUUAACUGUGAUCUGUACUAGAAUUUACUGCAUGCUCUAACGGAAUACUGUUGGGCCUUUAUAUUCUCUGAAUGUCUUGUCUAGAUGAGUAGUAAGGUUUCAACAGUAUAAUCUAUACAGCACUACUGUUAUCAGGGUUCAAACACCAGCUUGGCAUUUAUGGGCCAGUUUCACAGACCCAGAUUAAAUUAUAGUUAGGUUAUGAAAUGUGGAUGACUUAAACCUUGUCCUGGAUGUAUGGCAUCUGCAUUUGUGGACACAGCUCCUAGAUAAAUAUUAUUCCUCUCUGAUGAAGUGAAAAUGCUGUGACAACCUUUUUGAAUGUCUUUAAAUUUGUUUGGGCACAUUGGCCUUCCUUUGUACCCACAACGCAUCUGGGGAUUGAGUUUGAUGCGUCUUGGCUUGAGGUGCACUGGGAUAACUGAAUGAAACAAUCAUCUCUUUAAAAUAGCUGUCCACUGAUGUUAUGAUCCCUACUGGGUUGGAUUGUUAGCCUUAUAGUGAGGCUUACUUAAGCAAUUAGCUAGAUGUUGGAUUUGCUGUUUUGAGAAAAUGUGAAAUUCUUGUAUGUCAUGUGCUGCUGCUUACAUUUUAUACACACACUUCAGCUAAAAUGAUUUGGACUCUAGAGCAGCGUACAAAGCUGAUUUCACAGCCUGGUUUUUUACUUUUUUUGCAGUGGAUAGUACUUGUACGUCUACUGAUUCACAUACAUACAAUGCCAUGUAUACAGAGAUCAGCGCAGCACUAGGAAAUGAGAUCUGAACAACGCUGUUUGGAUAGUAGGCUACUUGUUGAUUGUGUUAGUGGGAAAAUAAGUGUGAAGGCCUUUUCAUGUCGUGUAAAGAAUAAAGUCUUUUCAAAGCGCU